AUGCAGUUACAACGUACAGUCGUUAAGAUCCCGAUCAGCGGUGCAUCUGGUACGAGCGUGGCUUGUGCGAAGGCAUUGGCCAAAGUCACUAUUCGAUCACUACAAUAUGAUUUUGAGAUGGAGUGUAUCGCCUUGGUACUUCCAAGGGUAGGGAACAUUACACCUAGUAAGCACAUCCCGAAUACCGAAUUCCCAGAAUUGGGUCAGCUAAAGUUAGCUGAUCCCAAGUGGUACCAACCCGGUGCUAUUGACAUCAUCAUGAGUGCGGCAGACUACGCCAUGAUAAUAAGCGACGAGGUUAAACAAAGCGCUACUAAUGGAAUGGUGGCACAGCAUACGCAACUAGGCUGGAUCAUCUUUGGUGGGUUAUCUGAUCAUAAGGGUAUGGCUGAUACUCACAAAGCCCAGUGCUACAACACACACAUCGACUUGGAGCAUACCUUACGUCUUUUCUGGGAACUUGAGGAACUCAACGAGCAUCAAACCCUGACGGAAGAUGAAGUAUACUGCGAAAAACUGUUCGAGCAAACUACAAGGCGUAACAGUUUGGGCCGAUACAUCGUGAAACUCCCUGUGCGAAAGGGCGUUGACCUUCAGCAGCUUGCACCUAGCAAGCAAGAUGCGCUAGUCUUGUUAGAACAUACACAUCGACGGCUUGCUCGCGAACCUGAACUUAGUACAGGUUACAACAAGUUUAUGGAAGAGUAUCGUAAACUCGGGCACAUGGAGGUGUCGAACGACAACAAUGCUAUUCGCAUGUGCUAUUUACCACACCACGGUGUGUGGAAGGCUUCGAGCACUACUACAAAACUUCGUGUGGUGUUUAAUGCUGCACGGAAAUACUCCACUGGGGUAUCGCUAAACGACUGUCUGUACACUGGGCCGAAGUUGCAGAAUGAUUUGGCGAAUAUUUUGCUGAACUGGCGACAACACAAAUUUGCAUUUACGGGCGACAUCGAGAAAAUGUACAGGCAGAUUUUGGUGGACCGCGAAGAUACUGAACUUCAACGAAUCUAUUGGCGAACUCCUACAGAGGAUUCACCCACCAGCUACACGCUACUGACCGUAACGUAUGGGACUAAUUGUGCACCGUACUUGGCACUUAAAGUCUUACGACGUCUCGCAAAUGAUGAGCGAGAGAAAUUCCCUCAAGCGGCAAAGUCACUCGAAACUGAAUUUUACGUAGAUGACGUCUUAUCCGGAGGUGACACACACGCUGACGUUAUCAACAAUAUACCUCAAUUAAAAUCGCUGCUACAGGCAGGCGGUUUUAGUUUGCGCAAGUUCAACUCCAACGCUAUUGAGGUCUUGAACGCUAUUGAGCCAUGCGAUCGUGAUCCAUCGGACUCAUUGGAGUUAGGCAUGAGCGACCAGACCAAGGCUUUGGGAAUCGUUUGGCUUACUCGUACUGAUAUGCUAACGUAUAGUAUCGAUUUGGAUUACAGCAUUACGUGCUUCAACAAACGUCAACUGGCGAGUGAUGUUGCUAGAGUAUUCGAUCCGUUGGGACUCGUGGCUCCUGUAACUGUAAGAGGCAAAAUCUUUUUGCAGCGGCUAUGGGACCGGAAGUUAGAUUGGGGUGAGACCCUGCCCCAAGAUCUUCAGCACGAGUGGAAAAGUUAUCGAAACGAAUUACAACAACUUCAAAAUUUGCAUAUCCCGCGUUGGCUAAAAGUAGUCGCGAACUGCACCGUGGAACUACACGCUUUCUCAGACGCAUCGAGCGCAGCGUACGCUGCUGCAAUCUACAUAAAGGUAACAACUGACGGUUAUACCUCAGUCAAUUUGCUAAUGGCGAAAACGAAAGUGGCACCUUUAAAGCGACUGUCAAUUCCACGACUUGAGUUGUGUGGUGCUCGUCUCGCUGCGGUUCUCUUGGCAAAAACCAAAGAUGCAUUAUCGUUCAAAUUUGAUCGAUGUCUACUGUGGACGGACUCCGUAACUGCGCUCUGUUGGAUCCGAUCGUCACCAGGCAAAUUGAAGCAGUUUGUUUCGAACCGUGUCACGCAAAUUCAGAACGUCACUUCCGACGCAGCCUGGCGCUAUAUUUCAACGAAGGACAAUCCGGCAGAUUGUGCUUCGAGAGGUAUUUCGGCCAACAACUUACUGUCCAACACACUAUGGUGGAACGGGCCAGCAUGGCUUUCCUUGAAUGAACAAUACUGGCCUCAACACAAAAUAAACUUUCCGGAAAAUAUCCCGGAAACCAGAAAAGUCACUGUUUGCACAGUGCAACUUAAUAAUCAAGACUGGUUGUAUACAAUCACUACAAAAUAUUCGAGCCUCGACAAACUCAUCGCUAUAAUUGGAUGGUGCUUACGGUUUGCAAAUAAGUGCCGAAAUAAAUCGAGUAUUCUGACAUCGUUUUGCACCUGGCCAGAACGGUACAAAGCGCUAAAGAUACUCAUUAAGAUGACGCAACAAACUGAAUUUAAGCAAGAAAUUUUAGCUCUACAACAACAACAAGAACUUUCAAAAAAGUAA